CCGGCUCUGGGCUCCGGCCGCACCGGACUCUGCGGCGUUGCUGGUGGCCGCGCGGACGCGGCUCUGCGAACCCCGAAUGCCGGCGCGUGCCCGGAGCCCCGCGUGGCGUCGGCCGUGGGUCGGGGCCUUGGAGAUCGCCCUGGUCCUCGCGCUGCCAGGCCUGUGCGGUGCCUGCGAUGCACCACCAAGAUACCAGUCUAUGAAGAUCAAGGGGGACAGUAAAUCUUCGUACAGUCCUGGGGAGAGAGUAGAUUAUGAGUGCCGCCCAGGGUACAAGCGCGACUUUACGCUUCCUGCCCAUACUGUUUGUAAUGACGAUGGCACAUGGGCAGCCCUCCAGGAGGCUUGUACCAAAAAGGCAUGUCCACAUCCACCAGUGCCCAGUAAUGGGGAAAUAUCCAGCCCACAAGGGGAUCUGCUGUUUGGCUCAGAGGUUCACUAUACAUGCUUUGUCGGUUUCCGCUUAAUUGGGUCAAAAGUUAUUUACUGUGAAGUAUUUGACAACACUAUGAAAUGGAGUGAUCAGCCUCCACUAUGUGAAAAGGUAUUGUGUAGACCACCUGAGAAAAUACCGAACGGGAAGUACUCCAACAGUCACAAGGAGGUUUUUGAAUAUGGUGAAGUUGUGACUUACACUUGCAACCCUUCAACCGGGCCAGAUGAAUACUCCCUUAUUGGGACGAACAGGCGUCUUUGUUCUGCUGAUGGAAAUUGGACCGGCACCCCUCCUCGGUGUGAAGUGGUUAAAUGUCCGUAUCCAGAGGUAUCCAAUGGAAUGCCAAGAUCAAUAAUUCCAAAAAAACGUAACUACAACACAACGGUUUUAUUUGGCUGCCUCCCAGGUUUUGUCCUACGAGGCAGUGACACAAUCAGGUGUGACGCUGACAGUCGUUGGAACCCCCCAGUACCAACAUGUGUUCCAGGUCCCAAGCCUACAGUUACUACCCCGACUCAAGCUUCAAGAGAUCCCAGUUCCAAACCUACACCUGCUACUACAACUCCGACUUCAGGAGAGCCUGGUCCCAAGCCUGCCGUUACUACCCUGACACCAGCUUCAAGAGAUCCUGGUGAUGUCAGACCCAGUGAUCAACCACCCGAAACGUCCGGGCAUUUAGGUCCUGGGGUCAUUGCAGUGAUUGUUUUAAGUACAGUCGUUGGUGUUAUGCUGGCCAGCCUUGGUGUGUACAAGUAUCUUCAGAGCAGGAAGAAGAGAGAAACAAAGAACUCAGAAGCUUCCUUUUCUACCUACCGGAGCAAAUCCAGCAGUCCAACAGAAGAGUCAAACUAAAUGGCCCCAGAGCCAGAGUAUCUGGUCAUCUUCCAUUGCUCUUCAAUCCAGUUAUACUACCCUUGGCCAGUCAGUGCUACCACUUUCGAGAAACAUUUGGAAAGUGCCUCAAAAAUUAAAGAGUGGAAGCACCAGGUGCUCUGGCAAGACCA